AUAACAUUAAGCCAAUGGCAAUGUAUAGUUCUUUCACUCUUUCAGCAAUGGUCAUUUUGGCCUUGUUUCUUGUUCCAGGCUCAUAUUCUACCGCUUCAGUACCAGAAUCUGAUGUUGAUCUUCUUGAGUUUCCAUUGAAUUUAGAGUAUUUAGAAGCUGAGUUCUUCUUGUAUGGUGCUUUGGGUGUUGGCUUGGACAAGGUUGCUCCAAACUUAACUGUGGGAGGUCCUCCACCCAUUGGUGCCCAAAAGGCCAAUCUUGACCCUUUCAUUAGAGAUGUAAUCUUGCAAUUUGCAUGGCAAGAAGUUGGGCACUUGAGGGCUAUUAAGAACACAGUAAAAGGAUUUCCAAGGCCAUUGUUGGAUUUGAGUCCAAAAUCAUUUGCAAAAGUGAUAAACAAAGCCUUUGGAAAGGAUUUGAAUCCUCCUUUUGAUCCCUAUCAAAAUAGCAUCAAUUAUCUCAUUGCAUCUUAUGUGAUCCCUUAUGUUGGUCUCACUGGAUAUGUUGGUGCAAAUCCUAAACUCCAAGGAGCUGUUUCAAAAAGGCUUGUUGCUGGGCUUUUAGGUGUUGAAUCAGGUCAAGAUGCAGUUAUCAGAGCAUUGUUAUAUGAGAAAGCCUUGGAGACGGUGCAUCCAUAUGAUAUAACAGUAGCUGAAUUCACAAACAGAAUUUCAGAACUGAGGAAUAAGCUUGGACGGUCAGGAUUGAAAGAUGAAGGGCUUAUUGUUUCAAAGUACCUGGGUGCUGAAGGGAAAAUUAGGGGCAAUGUGCUGGCUGGUGAUGAAUUUUCAGUUGCAUAUGACAGAACUCCAGAGGAAAUUUUGAGGAUUGUAUAUGGAAGUGGUCAUGAAAAUUCCCCUGGAGGUUUCUACCCGAAGGGUGGAAAUGGACGUAUAGCUAAAUCUCAUUUACACAGGCUGCUUAAAGAAUAAAGCUUAGAAUAGGUGUUCUUUUAACUUUUGAGUCAAGUUGAAGUUUAUUUGGAGAUAAACAAGUAUGGAGUUGUUCCCUUCUGCUUAAUUUUGCUGCUCUCUUUUUAUGGUUAUGUAAAGUGCCUGCUUAUUGUGCCAAUCAUAUUUCAAAUAAG